AUGUCAAUCCUGCGUGAGAAGAGGGAAUCCAUGUCCUGGCUAUAUACGGAACCGGAAAUUCUACCAUUUCUCUGCAUCAAGGAAUCAGCACGAGCCUUCGAGCACCACAUCCCUCGCAACGCAACCGUCAACAUCAAGUGUGGCACUGGUCACUGCACGAGAAGCACAGCAACAACCCACGAUUCCCCAAAAGGCUUUUGUGAUUUCGUGGAUGAUGUAUUUCCAAACAUUUAUUACAGCUACAGCGAUCGUGUGGAACUUCCUUGGUUUGAGAUUGCCCAGUACGACCGAGGCGCAGGAAUUGCAAUGGAGUGGGCGUUUCGCAGCCUUGGGACCUUGCAGCAAGGCAGAGUAAAUGGCAACCAACGACAGAUUCUUGCCAGUCAGGAAAUGUACGGCCGAGGGCUGCGCUGUCUUGCUCAAGCUAUCAGGAACCCUGCUACAGUUGGCACGAACGACACUCUUGGAGCUGCAAUCCUGCUAGGCAUUUAUGAGUUGAUGAAUGCAACAGCGGAGAACCCAUGGGUGCUGCAUUCACGUGGAGUUUCUCAUCUAUUCCGUCUAAGGGGCGCGAAGAGUCAUGCGAGUGGGUAUGGUCGUACCCUGCUCUUAUCAUUUCGAGGAUUCCUAGUUUACGAGGCCUUCACUCAGGGGGAGGCUUGUUUCCUAGAAAGCGAGGAAUGGAGGUCAACUCUUCCGGAUACCCUAGAAGACGAUGAACGGCGUGGCAAAAGCUGUCGUCUGGGUCAGCUCAUGGACUAUGCAUUCAACGAGAUAGCUCAGUGCCCGGGGUUUCUCGCCAAGACCAAAGCCCUCGUCGGCUCCCCGCGAACUACCGAUGCGGAGAGAGACGAUUUAAUGGGUACAAUCAACAACAGCCGAGAAGUCCUUGGUGAUGUGGAAAUUCAAAUAAUGGCUGGCGUUAAGGCUGAUCAUGAAGGGAAUAAGAAAGAGUCUCAGGCGUUCUUUGGAUUGAUUCCCCUUUCUAUGAAGAACGCAUCGGUCAAAUUCACACUCGAGGGUGUUCAUACAGCGAUCGCUCUUCUCCAACAGUUGUCGGUAAUACUACUGUCCGAUCGGAACCGACAAAAAUCAGUAACACCGUGGUUAAAACUCGGUCCGCGUGUUAAUGAGAGGAAUCUCGUCAAAAGCGUUGGUGAAAUUGGGCAGGCCCAAGAAGAUACUCCACUGCACCCAACAGGUCCACAGCAACAGGGUAGUCCGAAGAUAUGGUAUGACCGGAUCGCCAUGGCAAUGGGGAUGCCAGAAACUGUUUAA